CCGUCUUAUUGGUAAAGCUCUUAAUUGGCUAGACUCAUCACACUGCUAGACAUAAAGGUUAUAAUCCCUAGACUAAGAAGGCCUCCAGUUGGAGUAGGGAGUCUCAGCCAAGAAAUUUACAGACGUGUAAGAGCCUGAGGAAGUAGCUGAGAAGACAACAGAGAUGGGGAGUGGAAUCAGUGCAGAGGACAAAGAGCUGGCCAAGAGAUCCAAGGAGCUAGAAAAGAAGUUGCAGGAGGAUGCAGACAAGGAAGCCAAGACUGUCAAGCUGCUGUUGCUGGGUGCUGGGGAGUCAGGAAAAAGCACUAUCGUCAAGCAGAUGAAGAUCAUUCACCAGGAUGGCUAUUCACCAGAAGAAUGUCUAGAGUUCAAGUCUGUCAUCUACGGGAACGUGUUACAGUCCAUCUUGGCUAUCAUCCGCGCCAUGUCCACACUGGGCAUUGACUAUGCUGAUCCAGGCUGUGCGGAUUAUGGGCGACAGCUCAACAACCUGGCUGACUCAACUGAAGAGGGUACCAUGCCUCCUGAGCUGGUGGAAGUCAUCAGGAAACUGUGGAAGGAUGGCGGUGUGCAAGCCUGCUUCGACAGAGCUGCAGAGUAUCAGCUCAAUGACUCAGCGUCUUACUACCUGAACCAACUGGACCGGAUUACAGAUCCUAACUACCUCCCUAAUGAGCAAGAUGUGCUACGAUCUAGAGUCAAAACCACAGGCAUCAUUGAAACAAAGUUUUCUGUCAAAGAUCUGAAUUUCAGGAUGUUUGAUGUAGGAGGGCAAAGAUCAGAAAGGAAGAAGUGGAUCCACUGCUUUGAGGGUGUCACCUGCAUCAUUUUCUGUGCAGCCCUCAGUGCCUAUGACAUGGUGCUGGUAGAAGAUGACGAGGUGAAUCGUAUGCAUGAGUCUUUGCAUCUGUUCAACAGCAUAUGUAACCACAAGUUCUUUGCUGCUACUUCCAUUGUCCUCUUUCUCAACAAGAAGGACCUUUUUGAGGAAAAAAUCAAGAAAGUCCAUCUCAGUAUCUGUUUCCCAGAGUAUGACGGGAACAACUCCUAUGAGGAUGCAGGGAAUUAUAUCAAGAGCCAGUUCCUUGAUCUCAAUAUGCGAAAAGAUGUCAAAGAAAUCUACAGUCACAUGACAUGUGCUACAGACACACAGAAUGUCAAAUUUGUAUUUGAUGCAGUUACAGAUAUUAUCAUCAAAGAAAAUCUCAAGGACUGUGGGCUCUUCUAAUCUACAUAACUCCUCAGGUCUUCAAAUAACUGUGGGGGAAAGUAACUGUGAAAAGACCACCAGCUACAAUGAAUACACUUGUUGGUGCUGCCACAGGAUAUUUACCUUUUUGCAAUGCAAUAUAAUCUUGUGAAUCAAUCAUAAGAGCAUCACAAAGCAUCUUCAUACAUAUUCCUACUUAAUCAGAACCACAGACUAUCACAAUUGAAAGGAACAUCUUAGUACAUCUUCAGACAAACACACAAGGGAUAGAAAAUUGAAAGUGACCUGUGCAACAUUUCAUGGCUAGGCUGAAGCCAGGAAAGACCAGCACUCCAAACAAUUCUCAAUGAAGGUUUGCAGGGUUUCAAGUCCUUUAUCCUACAUAAGCAAGGAUAAGAGAAAACUGGUAAUUUUUUUAUGUUGUAUCUAUUGGGAAUCACUCUUACACAUAAAUAAGUCUCUUAGUUAAAAUAUAUGAAGACAGGGCUGGGGAUUUAGCUCAGUGGCAUAAGUGCCUGCCUGGCAAGUACAAGAUCAUGAGUUUGAUUCCCAGCACCAAAAAAUAAAAUAAAAAAUAAAACAAAAUAUAUGAAGAGUACUAGGGUAGAAGGCGGUAGACAGACUAUAGGAGAGGAUAAACCAAGAUGUAUGUAAAUUAUUACAGCUUAGUGAACGCUAACACACUGAGAUACUAUAUCCCAGCAAUAUAUUAGUAUUCAUUGUUAUUUUACUUUUUGAUACCUUGUGAUUACCACUAGAUCUCAGGGACAGAAAACAAUGCUCUUGAGCAUAGACUUAAAUUCUCUGUUACAGGAUCUUUGCCUAUCUUUAAUUUGGUAUGCAAAUCUUUUAAUUUUCAUUGCAUAAAUAAAGGCCAUGAAAUAAAAACA